UAAGCUCUAUGGUUAAGUUUUAUGUCGUUUAAAGAUUAUGGAUUAUGCCGGGUAGCUUGUGGAAAUUAAAAUUCUGUUCAAAAAUACUGCUGUUUUUUAACCGUUCAUAGAAAGUUCUAGUAAAUUGAAUAUUUUUGAUCUGUUUUUAUUUCGCGAUACAUGGGAUGUUUCCUGGUUCAUAUUAGUUCUUUAUGAUGGUCACGUGUCGCGUUGGCGGCCAUUUUGUUUCGACAUUUCAAAAAUGUGACUUGACUCCAUGACUAUAAAUUGUUCGACGAUGUGAAUUACUAGAGAACAUAAUCACGAUGGAACAAGAUGUAAAAGUAGUAUUUAGUUCGGAAAUAACAAGGGGAACUUGUGGCGAAAAGAAUAAUCUGUACGAACUUUUGAAUGUCGACCCAGCAAAACCGGUCCAGCUGAAUGAAGUUUCAAAGCCUUGUACUUUCCAAUCCAAAAAUAAUAAAUGUUAUGAGUAUAAGAAGAAAAGCAAAUUAAAAGUUAACACUGUAAAAGAUAUAAGAAAAUUGCUGGAAAAAGAUGUAGAAGCUUACUUACCUCAAAAUUUAGAAAAACAACAAAAUAUGUUGUUAAAACAAAUACGAAACGGAUAUGCCAAGAACGAAGAAACAAAAAAGUUAGCUCGAAAUAUUUUAAAAUCGGAUAAUCCCAUUUUAAGAACUGCUUGGCAAAUGCUGACAAAUAUUAAUCCAGAAGAAAACACUUAUCCAGUACAAUAUAUUUUAUGGAAUGGUAAAAAUAUUCGUAUUUGUGGAAGUAGAGGAGGUUAUCAUAAAUACAUCUAUAAAUUUGAAGUGCACAACAGCAAAUACCAAUCAAAAAAUAAGAAAUCUAUAAAAAAAACUCUUGAUAAUAGGAAUAAAUGUCUUUUGCAAAAUUCACUUUCUCUUAAAAUUAAACCUGGGCCUUUAACUCAAAAGAAGUUUAUUGACGACUCUUAUCAGAAGCAUCAUGUUGGAAAUUUAGAUCUAGUCUACUUACCGAGACCUGGUUUGGAUGUAAUGCCUGUUUACGGCUCUUCUAUGGAGCCCUCAAUAAGGAAUUUUGUCAACAGUUUGCGGAAUGUUGACGGGACCAUAUCACAAAAAUGGGCUGAGUUCGCAGUGUCAAUGGUUGGGACAAUCAAUAAAUCACACGUUGUCCAACAACAACCACUUGCUUGUACGACAUUUGAGCUGAAUUAUAAAUACGAUCAGAAAAAAAUGCUGAUGCGUCGUGAUAUUGAGAAUAUUGUAGAAAAGUCAAAUGUAAAAAGUGAAAAAUCUUUAUUACUGGUUAAUGAAGAUGAUGUUUUAGAAGAAGUAGGGAAAGUGUUGUGUGACAUAAUUGAUGCAGUUGAAAUAAGCUUUAAUCAAGAUAAAAUAUAUACUGGCGAAGACGAAGUUAGAAAUAAUAAUGAGGAUAUAAGUAAUCAGAUAAGUGAGAAAAGUACCAGUAAUUAUCCAAAAGACAAGAAAAAAAAAUUUUGUGAGCUGGACAGAUUGGAUGUGACCGUAAUAAGGUUACCCGAAAAUUCAGAAAAUUGUAAAAGCAAGCAUAAGUUAUGUAAGAACACCUUUUGCCAAUUAGGUUGCAUCUGUGACUCUUUAAAUUCUACUGUUAUUGUUAAAGAACAUUGUGGGCGGCUUGAAUGUAUGUUUCAAUGUAAAUGUGAUUUUUCUAACUACAAGGAUUUAGACAAGUAUGGCAGUGUUUCGUCAGAUUUGAUUCCGGGUCUAUUGAAAAUAGAUAAAGAAAUAAAUAAUAAACUUUCCAAAGAAGAAAAGAAAUUUCACCAAACAGUAGUUCUCUCUGGAGACAAAAGUAUUAUAUUAAAAUCACAUAAAAGACACUGGAAAGCUUCAUCCAAAUAUUCAGAUUUUUAUAAAACCAUGAGCUUAAAAAUGAACAAAAAAAUUGAUCGCAACUUAAUAGUAGUAGCCACGAAUAUCAAUUGUGACAAUAUUGAACCGUGGUGUAUGGUGCACAAUUUGUAUAAAUGUUUUUGUAAAGGCCGCUUUAUUCAUAGUGCCAUGGAUUCUGAAGGUAAAAAUUUCGAAGCACCAGUGGGCGUUGCAGUUGACUGUGAGAAAAUUAUAAAUACAGAGUCAGCGAAAUCUAAUCCAUCUUAUAUGCACACCCGCCCACAACGUGAAAAACCUCUUUGGAAAUCUGAAAAAAAAGAAAGGCGAAAGUCAGAUAAAUUAUUAUCUGAAAGUUAUUCAAUACCGGUUAAUUUGGUCGGACCAACACAACAGGUUGAUUACAAAAGUUCUUGUGCUAGGUCACAAGCAUACGUUGGUAGAAAGUAUAGUCAAAAAUAUUACCGCCAUAUGAAUUCUAAAAUUCGUGAAAUGGAGGAAGAUGACUUGGGCUUACAUAAUAAAUUAAAGAGCUUAGUAAGCAUUGAUGUGGUCGACACAUAUAAUUUUGAUACAACGUACCCACAAGACUCGGAUUCAAUGUCUAGGAAAAAUAAAUGUCAACUGAAAAAUAAAAUGGAUGAAGAAACCAACCAACCAAAUAAGAAAAAGAAAACGUCAUCUCUUCAAUUCAGUAACGUCGCAGCAGUGCCUGCAAAAGCCUGCAAAUCUACUUCAAGAGAAGAGACUCCUGAAUUAAAUGCAGAUCAUAUUCGCGAAAACAUGCUAUCUGGAAGAUUAACUACUACUAACGUAGAGGAAUCAAACAAAAGUAAAUUAGUAGCUUGGCUCGAAUACAGUUAUAAACAAUAUAAAAAACGUGUCGAUCUGGGUUUAACUAAACUCACACUACAAGCUCCUCAGUCCAAAAAAAUGGCGCUACUGCCUUGGAAUUUUAUCCUAGAACGAUAUAAAGAGAGGAAGAAUCUGUUUUUAGUCUCUAAACAAAAACCUUUUCGAAUGUUUAUGGCAGUUAACCGUGACCAUCCAUUUUUGCAAGAAUGUGUUAAUAUUGAUGAUAUUCGAUUUGCUGAUUUGAAUAUUUAUCCUAUUACUGUAAAAAAAUUAAUUACAAACGCAACUGAUUUAAAAGAUAGUUUUUGUAUUUUAUGUGGACAUCCAUAUUGCUGGGAAUUAAUAGGUUCCGUCACCAAAGUAGACGAGUCUAACAAUGAGGAUGGUUUAAAGUAUGAUGCAUCAAUUUGUACUGAAAAUUCACUGGAUUACUGUGAAAUUUACAAUGAAAACGAAAAUUCACGUAGUGAAUCUGAUCCACCAAUAUCCAGUGACGACGAUACCUUAAGUGACACUCAGAAAAAAAGGGUGAACACUGAAGAAGUGGACACUAAAAAAAAUUAUAAUGAAUCGGAAUCUUCAAAGUGGUUUGUGAUGACAGUAGAAAAGGAUUUCAGUGAAAUUCAGUUUUAUAACAAAGGCUUUUUUGUUAAAUAUGACAGUAUUAUUAAAGCCAUAAAUAUUGCGAGAUACUCCAAGAAAACAGUACGCCUUUCUUCGCAAAAGUGCGCAGAGAACAGUAAUAAUUCACAAUUUGGUAUUUACGCUAUACCGAAUUCUAAUGAAGAUAGUGUCUUUAUUGGGCCAUAUGAAUGCGAUGAAAGUUUGGGCAUAGAAACUAUCAGAUCAAUAACUCACACAAGACGAACAAGAGGUUAUUGGAUAACUACAAAUAAAGUGGAUAAUAGAAACGUUAUUGAUAACCCGAUGUCAUUCAUGCCUCCCGAAAAUGAAAAGCCUAGCAAAAUUCUUUCUUUAAAAAGUAAACCUAACGAGAAAAAGGAUAGCUUUUCCUAUAAUGAAGAUGAAGAAAAUAUAGUUAAUCGCCUUUCCCCAAUUAAAAAGUUAUUGUUGAAUCCUAUAAAAAUAAAGAAAAUUAAUAAUUUUUACUCUUUGUCAAAUAGUUUUUUGGGACAACCUACGACACAAGUAAUGGAAACAAACCAGAUAGAACAAAGCAAUACAUUAGAUAAUGAAAAUACAAUUCUGGAUACAAAAUUGGCUUGCAAUACAACAUCUGUAUCGAUAACUGAUUUACUGAUAAAAUUAAAUGCUCAGAUGACCGAUGAAACAAAUGAAAAAUCAACCUCAAAUUUAGAUCAAUCACUGCUGAAAAAAUUGAAUUCUGAUUCUAAAGAUGUUAGCGCAAAAAAUGAUGUAGAUAAAUUGACGGGGGACACUAAACCCGAGGACGGAAAAGGAGGAUUUGCUAUACUUAAACCAGAAGAAAUUAAUAGGAGAAUAAUGAACACUAAUAUAUUUUUCAAACCAGAUGAUCCCUUAGAUGAAGAAAAUUCCGUUGGUAUUUCGCAAAAUACUGAUUCACAAGUUGAAAAAGACAUUGAGACUUUACUAACAACUCCAUUGAAGUCUAUUCAAGAUACUAACAUGGAUGUCUUAGUUAUAUCAGACGAUGAUGAAAACUGUACAGAUGAGAAGUCAGACGCUCCAACUAUUACUGCUAUUUGGAUUGAAUCAAGAAAUGUAAAUCUAGGCUGGAUAGAGGGAUUACUUAACAAUAGAGACAAUCAGAUAUGUUUCCAGUUUCCUGGAUUUCAGUAUUCGUCGUAUUAUCCAAAACAAACUGCUUUUGAAAAAAUUAACCAAAUUUUAUCUCGGAGGAUUUUUAUUCCUGUAAAAAUUAAAAUCGAAUGGCAUAUUCUGACGCAAGCAAGCGACCUAAGAGUUUCUAGAAAAUUGCAAUUAAGUGAUCUGGGACGAGAUCGCGUAUUGACAAAAAGUGGCAUUCGUGAUAAGCGGAAUUUUCUGAUGACAGUACCUUCUUUAGUUAAGACAUAUUCAAGGAAAUCAAAAACUGCAGAAUCCUUAAGUGAUGAGGAAAAGGUGGUACCGGUAAAUGAAAACUCUAGUGAAAGUAUCAGUGAAGAUUGCGAAACAGACUAGAGAAGAAGAAAAGAUCUCGUUAAGUGUACGUAAUUCUUACAAGACUGAUUUAAUUUAAGUUCUUAUUUUAAACGACAUUGUUUGCAACGAGAUAAUCGACGGUGUCUCUGUAAAUAAUGAUUUUAUUUGUUUUACGUUAAAUAUGUGUCAAAAUUUUUGACAACAUUAAAAAUACUGUGAUACUACUCAUUUUACUUCUUAUACGUCAAAAAGGCGGACGAAGUUUUACAAAACGGAAAAAUGAAGCACCAAUAGUAUACCUACCCACGGUAUAUAUACACGCCUCACGCACACACUCUCGCCAAUAGCGUGACAGUCGGCCGCCAUUACGCUUUUCACUUUUUCGACAACACUUCGUCUGCCUUUUUAUCUACCUACAACGUUGUUUUACUUAGUUAAAAAAAUGUAAAAUUUCAUGAAAGGUAACCCGAACCUGUAACACAUGAUCAUUUCGGUGCCAGGUUUCAAACUCUUGAAAAGGAUUUUUGUUUUGUAAAUUAUAUAAAUUAUUUAUUAUGUUAUACGGGGCUUACAUUCUGUAGAUAUGUAAAUAUUUUUAUGAGUAAAACCACAUUUAGUAUUAUUUAUGUCGAUAUUUAUUAGAAAAAUUGCCAUCCUUACUGACCAUUGUUAAUUCGGAUUUAUUUGAAAAUAUUUGUUUAUCACAAUGGUUUUUGUCUUAAGACUUUUUAUUAUUAUGUAACUCAAUCGUUUUAAUAAUUCACUAGCUAUUGACAAAAAAAAAACUUGGUCAUUACAGUUACCGUAGGUAUGGUUAUUUCUACCUUUUGAAAUUUUUUCCAAAAUAGAUUUGAAAAUUUCUUUCUCAUCUUUGCUUGUUAUCUCCGCUACAUUGCUGCUGGGCUUAGGUUUUAAUUUAUUUGAAAAUUAUUGAGUUGUAAUUACACAAUUUUGAUUUGCAGUCCAUAUCAAAAGCAACCUGAAUCGUUCGUUUACGAAAAUACAGUUAAUGAAGAUUUUAAAGCAAAUGAGGCGUAAUAAAAUAUAGAGGUAAUAAGGGGAGAUUUGAUUCUUGCCGAGUUUUUACUCCGAUAAGUUAUGUAAAAAGUGAACCGCCUCCAAUCGACAUCCUCUUUUUUUGAACUGGGUUUAAUUUCUAAAACCUUCUCCUAAGUGUAACAGACACCUGAAACCACUUCAAAAUCGGUUCAGUGAAACGCGAGAAAACCGCGGACAUACAUACAUGCAUACAGGUCAAACUGUGAACCAUCUUUUUUAAGGAGAUUAAAAAAUAAAUCAGUUUCUAUAUUUAGGUACAGUUAGCUGCAUGAACUUGUUCGGUAUAAUGAGCACGCUUACAAAUGUAAAGUUAAGAGUUAUGAAGUUCUAAGUGUUUCUGAAAUCUUUCGCUCUCAUGAUUAUACCUACAUACAUACAUAUGGUCACAUCUACAUCCCUUGUGGGGUAGACAGAGCCAACAGUCUUGAAGAGACUAUAAGUCACGCUCAGCUAUUUGGCUUAAUCAUAGAAUUGAGAUUCAAAUAGUGACAGGUUGCUGGCUCAUCGCCUAAAAAAAUCCCAAGUUUGUAAGCCUAUCCUUCAGUCGCCUUUUACGACAUCUAUGAGAAAGAAAUGGAGUGGUCCUAUUUUUCUGCACUGGUGCCGGGAACCACACGGCACUCAUGAUUAUGUUUUACCAAUUUAAUUCUCAGCAGCUGUCAAUCUUUUUAUUUACUAUUAAAAUUUAGUGUUAUAUCUUUAAUAUCUUAAUUCAUUUGAAUUUUUGAACACGUACAUUUGGAUCUCUAUAGCUUUUUUUAAUUUCUUAAAGUUGCAUUGUACAAAAAUAUAUGAAUGUUAUUACACUUCAUUUUUAAUUUUAGUUUUAAUAAUGUUAAUUGUUAUUUAAUGAAAGACAAAGUAAUUUUAACUCAUGACUAUAGUCU